UUGAGCUAGCUAGUUAACAUCGGGCAGUAGCUUCUGUACUUUGUUGAGAUAUGGACGAGAUGAGGAGUGGUGACAUAGACAAGCAAGACGAAAUCAUGCUACCUGGCUUCAGGUUUCAUCCAACAGAUGAAGAGCUCGUCAGAUUCUACCUUAAAAGGAAAAUCCAGCAGAAGUCUCUUCCCAUUGAGCUCAUUAGGCAGCUGGACAUCUACAAGUAUGAUCCAUGGGAUCUCCCAAGUAAGAUUCCUUACCUUUUACCCAUUUUUUGUUUUAAGUUGGUGUUACACUAUAGAGACCUUCUAGUUAUAUUUAUUAACAAAUCUUUUCUCUGUCAUAAAGAGUUAGCAAGUACUGGAGAGAAGGAAUGGUAUUUCUACUGCCCAAGGGAUAGGAAGUACCGGAACAGCACAAGGCCAAACAGGGUGACUGGCGCAGGUUUCUGGAAGGCCACUGGAACUGAUAGACCAAUCUACUCCUCCGAUGGAUCCAAAUGCAUAGGCUUGAAGAAGUCUCUUGUCUUCUACAAGGGCAGAGCAGCUAAAGGCGUCAAAACUGACUGGAUGAUGCACGAGUUCCGGCUGCCAUCGCUCACUGACCCUUCAUUGCCACAGAAGAAGCCACUCGAGAAAACCAUUCCACCAAAUGAUUCCUGGGCAAUCUGUAGGAUUUUCAAGAAAACCAAUUCCACGGCACAGAGAGCACUCUCACACUCAUGGGUAUCUCCUCCCUUGUCCGGCAAAAAUGAAGCCUACACUGCUCCUGUCUCACAGACCACACAGAGAAGUCUGCAUAUCUCAGAUAACACAUCAUCAGUAAUGACCGAUGUUAUCUCCUCUACCAUUCAGUUCACCGGAAGCAGCUACUUGCCUUCAAUAGUUCCUUCGUGCCACAACCCUCUCAGCAUGAUUGACAACAACAGCAGACCAGAUGCAUCUGUAGCGCUCCCCUCACCAGCCACGGAGCAUCAGACCACAGGUAUCCUCUCAGCAAUCCCACUUGAUAUUCCAGCUGGGAUGGACAUUGCCUCCAUGGUGUUCAACGCAUCAUCCUUCACACUCCCAAACAUAGAUAGAAAUACUGCAAACAUAGAGUUUGGACACCCGCAGAAAUGCAAUAGCAGCAACAGCACCAUGACCAACAGAUGUGUGGUCGACAUGCCUGAUGUUACUAACAAUAUCAACAGUGGUCCACGGUCCAUCAACUUCAGCCUGCAAGGAACACUUUCUGAUGACUGGAGAAUGAUAUUGCCGUGGGAAUCACUCCCUUGCACGACAGAAGUCUCGACGAAUUUUCAGUCAACCAAGUGCUAUACUUAG